AUGGGAUGGUUGUUUUCCCCAAGAGUGGAUGCUGAACCCAGAACGAACAGUGGAUUCGCAGAUGGAGAGCGGCUACGAUCAGCUAAAGUGAUCCACAUUGAAGGACUUGCUGGAGAGCCGGGGAUGAAAUGUGAGCAACCGUCUGAAACAAGCUUUAAUCGUCAAACCCAUGGAGCUGGACCGAACCAAAUACGCUUUGCCUUGUUCGGGCCAAACCCUCCUGCCGAAAUAAUAAUGCAAGUGCUGGCAAAUGCUGAUGCAGAAGCAAAAAAAACAAGCGAGAAUGUCAACUACGCUCAGCAGAAAUCCAGCUUCGGGUGA